AUAAUCCAUAUCAAAGCAAACCAGUUUGUCAAAUGUAAAAUCUUCGUUUAUAAUCGGUGGGCUUAGUGCAGAGAUUGAUAGAAAAUAGCUCAUUUUCUUCCGAUCUUCGUCUAUUAGUUAUCAUAGAAAUAGAAAAUAGCUCAAAUCUUUUUCCGAGAAAAUGGGUCAGUCCCAGUGUUGUGGUGAGAGCCGUGGCCAGGGCAAUGCAGGUGAGGCUGCCUUUUCCCGAUCAGAUGGCAAUGCCCCGCUGUAUACAUCGCCCACUGGUCCUGGGAGCGACAUGCGAAAAGCUAGCGAUGUGAGAAUGGUGAAAAGCAAUGAAAACAACAUGAUGUUCGGGACGAGCACGGCCAUGGGGGCGCCGAUCCAGAUGGUAGGUGAGCAAGUCGCGCGAGACAGUGCUGGCGAGGCGGUGGCGUUCAGUUCCGAACAUACCAGUGUGGUGGGAAGCGCAAUGAUGAGCUUCGGAGGACAGAUGCAAGUGAUGGAGGUUUCUAAUUUCUCUUUCGCUCCAACUGUGGUCAAAGAGCGGUAUAGCAGCAUUUCUCAAGCCGGUCCCGCGUUUGGCGUAACGGAAGGCGAGGUCGACGAUGAUUAAGGAAAGUAGUUGUACUUCUUGUAUCAUUUAUUUGCCACACACUACAGAGGACUAGACACUCUGGUGUCCUGGCGAGUGAAGUGCUGUAGCCAUAAAUCGGCGCCUAGAGGUAACCUGCUGAGUUACUUAGGGGUUCAACAACUUGCUCAUUUAGGGAAGAGUAUUGGUAUUCAUAGUUGUAUCAUCAUCCGUGUUGAAAUAUUAUUUUGAAGAAAGAAUUUGUAUUUGAAUUUCUAAGAUGUGCCAAUUUUACGGGACGAAGAGCUAGCAAACUUGUCCUUCGCGGGACAGAUGCUUCGGAGGGGCUACCUGAUGCUAACGCGCGAUGUUCUACCUGGGUCGAGGUCCUUUCUGCGGCAACAGUUCAAGGCUUACCCUCCAGCUCCGGGAACGAUUUUCACUAUCUUGAACCCAGUGCAGGUGAAAACGGUACUACUGUGCUCGUGGCUACAUUUUUUUGCUCUUGUUUCCUCGAUAAUUCCAACGAUCCAACGUGGAUGAAUUAACUAAUGUUUGUUAGUGUUAGUUUAUUUAUGAUGUAAGCAGCUCCAGCUCAAAGAUGGAUUAGUAGAAAUGACAAGGCAUAUUGUUCAUCCUAUGUUAGUCCCUCCAGUCAAUAAGUCAACUUAUAAUCGUCCCAACACGACGAACAGGUGAAGCGUUAUCUGGAGAAGAACUUCGGUAAUCAGUUUUCACGUCGCGCGAUAUCACUGAUUGUGGAUCACGUCGGUGUUUCAGAGGAUGACACGCCUGGUUCCAACGACUGCACUCAACAUUCCACUAGGCUGAUUUGCCUCGUACUCGGCGUGCUGCAGGCCAACCAAGAGGGCGCCCUGGAGGACCAGAAAGAGCAUCACGAAGAAUUGAUGAUGAGCAUGUUUCCAUUCGUCUACGGUGAGACAGAGCUCCUGGCAUCAUAUGAUGACGAAACCUUAAUCGACAUAGACAUUGAUUUCUAAUGAAAAUUAGUUUGGAUAUUGAUUUGGAGACGACUAAAUGCAUGGUAUGACAAGGAUAUAUUGAACGAGGAGUCAUGGUUUUGAACAGCCUGCUAGAAUUAGGUACAAGUUGAAGUUCCUCUAUUCGAAAACAUGAUAUCAUGAAUUGAUUGGAGCUUCCUCAUUUUGAUUAUCCUUACGAGAUAGUGUUGUAGCCAUAUUAUGUUUUUUAUGACACAGAGUCUCACCACACAGUCGGUAAAAAUGAGAAAUUUUCUUCUAAACUUUUAACUUCUGAUUGUUCUCGUCUACAUACUAGCGAAGAUAGACACAAGAAAUUGAAAUUCUGAAUCAAUUUCAAGAGCCGAUAGUUUAUGCUGUACAGAAGCCUCUACACUUGAUGCAUUCUCAACAUAAUGAAACUCAUUGAGUUUUUCCGUACAAAAUAGAAAAGUCCAGCGUAGGUGGUUAUCCAGGACAGCGAAGCGCAAGUACUUGACUCAUAAGCUCUGUGUUUAGUUUUUUCCAAGCUCGUCAUCAAUGGUUUGAUGAGUGAGCUGGUCUGGAUUUAGGUCGACAGUACUACAGUUUUUGUUAUGAGAGCAUAGACUUGGAUACCGAUAGCUUGGUAGUUGUCGUGUAUUCACGGACGCAAAGAACAAGAACACAACUAGACCGAAAAAAAGAGCAUUGUUAUAUUUGGAACAUGUGUUGAAAUAAAACAAG